GUUCAGCUUUUGAAAAUUAAAUUUUCAAGUAACUACGAGAACGAUAGUGCCUCCUCAUCGCGGAAAGAGUCACAGAAGCACCUCCGCUAACCCUCGAUUCGAAUUGGUUCAAAUGCAGCCACGAUAACCACAACGACAAACGGCUGCAACAACGGCGUUAGGUGCGAAGGACAAGCCACCCGCCACCCACGCUUAAAUCACAGCUGAGAGCCAGAAAGAGACAGCAAGUCGCCUUCGAGAAGAGAAGAGAAGAGAAGCAAGAAUCGAAAAAGCUCUGAAAGCACACCAACACAACACCAAAAGCAUUAAAACUGCAGCAGAGCGACCCCAUCCCACACAUCACACUCACACCAGCGCCACGAGCAUCGAACAUUGCAUCGGGCAUUGAGCAUAGGGAGGGACACACACUGACACUGGGAGGAAGAAGAUGGAUCUUUUCGAUAUGGACGACGUUGUAGUGGGCCCCCCGGACGAGUGCAGCACCCCGCUGAAGGAGUGGCGGCUGAAACUCCAGGCUGGCACACUGACACGCAACGACUUCAUCGAGUUCUUCAAGAAGGAGUCGCCCAAGUACUUUGACUACGAGAACGAGCUGGACACAGUGAAAUGCAUGUUCAAAGAAGCCCUGGCCAAGGAGGAGAUAAUCGAUGUUCUGGUCGAGUUCAUGCUUGGCGAUAACCCAAAAUCGGCGCUGGAGAAGCUGCGGCUCGAGGGCAACACCGCUACCGUCUGCGGCAAGGUGUUCAAAAAUGGGGAGCCCACCUACAGUUGCCGGGAGUGUGGCAUGGAUCCCACCUGUGUGCUGUGCGUAAACUGCUUUAAGCGGUCGGCGCAUCGCUUCCACAAGUACAAAAUGUCCACCUCCGGCGGCGGUGGCUGCUGCGAUUGUGGGGACAAUGAGGCCUGGAAGAAGGAUCACUAUUGUCAUCUGCAUUUGGAUAAUCGAAAGAAUCCGCUCGAAAGCAAGAUCAUCAGUGGGGCCGUUUUGGAGCGCAGCGAGAUCUGCUUCAGUUCCAUUCUGGCGUUUUGCGUCAACUAUCUGGAGAUCGAGCCGAACGCCAGUCUGAACUGCCUCGACGGGGAGGGGCUGGAGCUGGAUGGGGCGCACUUUUGCACGGUGCUGUACAACGACGAGUCGCACACGUUUGACCAGGUCAUCCAGACGCUGACAAAGAUCGCCAAGUGCCGCCACAAGGAGGCCAUGGAGAUAGUGGCGGCCAUAGACCGCGAGGGCAGGGCCGUGGUCAAGUGCGACACGUUCAAGGCGUGCAACGAGCUGAAGAUGGCCAUAGAGAACCAGAUGAUACCACCGAGCGGUCUCCUUAGCAAUCUCCGCAGGAGUCCUUCUGCAUCCGCCACAUCCUCGAGUGCGACGUGA